GUCACACAGAGGGAGGCGGUCCCAGUAAGUAACAGCUCAGAGUAAAAGAGCCCCGCUGGUUCAAGUAAGGAUAAGGACCGUCCUGAGCUGAACUCAGCGUUACAAAUAGGAGCUGCGGUAUUCCAAGUGGAGCAGAGUGGAGGUGCGCCACCGAUCAUAAUAUGAAGUAACAGCCGCUGAGUGGAUCCGCAGUAUUCAACCAGAGACGGAGACGAGAGGAGGAGCGCUUCUUCUUCCUCAACCAGGACACACAGAGACACUGAGACACACAGACGUUCAGGACACAGAGACGUUUGGAGACGCGGAGGACUUCGUGCACACCGGCAGACAAAACCUUUCCUCAGAGGAGGCACUGUUACUGAAUCCUUAGAGAGUCUACAGCAAAGCACUCAGCACCAACACAGCACCGAGGAGAGACUCACUCCAACCCACCUGACAGGCGUGAUGUUUGAGGAAGAGUCCCAGCAUAUGAGGGGGCAGCAGCAGCAGGAUUUGGCUGUGCUCCACGCUCUGGAGUCACCUGUGAGUCCAGGUGGAGGCGGAGGAGGAGAGCCUCUGUCCUUCACAGAUGAAGCUGUGUCCAUCCUGACCUCCAGCAGCAUGCUGGCCCGCUCCCUGCUGGGCAGCACCUCCGCCGUCAAACGCAAAGAGAGCCCCUCUUCCAGCAUCCGACGCAAGCGCGAGUUCAUCCCCGUUGACAAGAAGGACGAGGGCUACUGGGACAAGAGGAGGAAGAACAACGAGGCAGCCAAGCGCUCGCGGGAGAAGCGACGCGUGAACGACAUGGUCCUGGAGAGCCGCGUUCUGGCUCUGCUGGAGGAGAACGCUCGCCUCAGGGCCGAGCUGUUGGCUCUCAAGUUCCGCUUCGGCCUGGUCAAAGAACCCUCCAACGUCCCCAUCCUGCCACUCACUACAGCUCCCAACCACACCGCUCAGACCAUGACCCCUCACUACUACCUCCACAGAGGAGAUGGAGGCCUCCACAGCUCCUCGGCCUCACAUCACAACAACCAGACAGGCCUGCUGAGCUCCAGGGCCUCCAGGGACGCCGGCAACAUGUCGGAGGACUCUGGGUUCUCCACGCCGGAUGGGUCCAGCGUGGGCAGUCCUUCUUCUUCGAUCUUCUUCGAAGACCGGCUGAGCGACCACGGGAAGUUGUCCCCACACAGGGCAGAGGAGCUGAACUACGACCUCCACCACUCCCCCGCUGAAGUCCACCACGCUGCAGGACCAGCCGGAGGGAAGUUGGACCACGUCGAGGCGUUGAUGAUAAACCUUCCUCACAAGCUGCGUUUCAAGAACCCCUGCUGCGGGGACUCGUAUGACGACGCCAGACGCAGCCCUAUGCUGUCCACAGCAGGACGUGAAGGUCCGAGAGACACCCCUAAAGGACUCAGUGGAGGCGAGACGGCAGCAGGGCAUUGCGCCGGCCCCUGGCUCCAGCAGUCGGACGGGGAGGAAGGCAGGAAGGGGAGGCAGUCCCCUCAAUACAUCACCUCAGCUUCCGGCUACGGCCUCCCGCCUCCUCCCACGCAAGGACAAACCGAGGUCCAGUACAAGCACGAGAACACUCACCUGAAGUCCAAACUCAACUCUCUGAGCGAGGAGGUGGCUCAGCUGAAGAAGCUGUUCACGGAGCAGCUCAUGGCCAAAGUCAACUGAGGAUCAGGCGCUGUGAACGUCUAGACUUUUAAGGACGAGCUGCAAGUGAGCCGAGAAAUUCAGCGCAAAAACAGGAGCGCCGGACCAUGCAGAUGUUCACGAGGACUGAGAACUUUCAAUCCUACCAAACUUUUAACAACGUGUUUCAAAUACUGUAUAAUACUGUACUAAAUGUCUAUAAAACAUUCAUCUCAUAACCUGCUGUUUUAACUUAAUCUCACCUCUCGCUCAGACAGGGAGUCUUAUCUGUAGUAGUGUUAUGUGUGUAAUAGUUUCUCUAUUCCAUACACUGUGACGACUAAAAACAUAUAAAACCGUUUACAUCACAUCAUUACAAUGCAAGCUUCGCUUAAAUCGCCUCACAUUUUUAAGAGACAACAGCUUUUGGUGGUUCUGAAGCCACAUUGAACUCAACUGGAGGUCAGCCAGCCAGCAGGUUGUUAUAAAACAUCCCGAUGGAAGACGUGUUUGCGGUGUUUUCGUUAAGAGUGGUUUGACUUACUUUACAAGUUUCCCUCUGUUGAGACAGGUCUGCUGGAGGCUGUAAACACAAGCAGAGACAGACAGUAAAUACACAGAGAUAGCUGACAUGACCUCCAUUAGUCUUGAAGGCUGAAAGACGGAUUUGUUUUGAAUCGGUUUCGGCUCACAAAAACAUGCAUUAGGCUCGUUUCUCAUCACUUUUUAUGUAUCAUAUGUCAUGGAGCUCCACUGUAACAUGUACUGUGUUGAUGUUUCAUGUCUCACUUCAGUCUCUGUUCAUGCCCAGUUUGAAUACAUUUUAUUACUGCUGUGUUAUCUGUACCGGGGUGAUGACAAGAAUUUUAAUGUCUGCUGUCUUUCUGUACAUUUUCAUAUUAAAAAUAAAAAAAAUUGACAAAUUCAA